GUGGGGUUAGGUGCGGCGAUACACUGACAGAUGAGACGCGAACUUAACCUGUUUUUCCAUGUCGGACUGUAAUUUGAUAUAAAUCGUUAAGAGUCCGAGACGCCAUGGAGCCGCAAGAUAUUUAUUACAGCAAAGCGGAAUAUGUCGAAACGGCGUCCGGGAAUAAAGUUAGCAGGCAGACCGUUCUCUGCGGAUCGCAGAACAUCGUUUUGCAUGGGAAAGUGAUUGUGCAGUCGGAUGCGAUCAUUCGUGGCGACCUGGCGAAUGUUCGAACAGGACGUUACUGCAUCAUCAGCAAGAAUGCUAUCAUAAGACCACCAUUCAAAAAGUUUAGCAGAGGUGUCGCCUUCUUUCCUUUGAUGAUGGGAGACCAUGUGUUUGUUGGAGAACGUGCCGUAGUGAAUGCUGCAAUGGUCGGUUCAUACAUAUACAUUGGGAAAGACGCCGUGAUAGGAAGGAGGUGCAUCCUAAAGGACUGCUGUUACAUCGAGGACGGCGCAGUGGUACCACCAGAGACUAUAGUACCGUCGUUCACUCGCGUCGCCGGAAGCCCCGCGAGAUGCAUAGAAGAACUGCCCCAUUGUACACUCGACCUGAUGCUGGAGUUCACCAAGAAUUACUAUCAGCACUUUCUGCCAUCUCGCGUUUAACCUCUGCCUUUAUGCAUACCUUGUGCUUAGAAAGAUCCUCUAUUUAUUACAGUUUCUACUCGAUCACUGCA